UCCAACAUGGAUAGCUCACUUGGAGGGACGCCUUGUCCCCCUCUUUUCCCAACUGAGGUUCUCUUCUCACUUCAAACCUCGGAGGGACAGCCUAUAAAGCCCGAGAUUUUUGGGAUCAUUGAUAAAGGGUUUUUUAUGGCCGACAAUGACUGGACCUGUUACCGAAGAAACUACUUCUCCUUAAGUUGCUCCUAUACCCUCCAACCUACGAUCCCAAAAGGAGCUAUAUAUCUCGUAGGAAAACACGGCGGCUCCGGUGCCCAAGUACACAACUUCGCCAUGUCAAUAGCAGCCGGUGUCGACGGCCAGGACGGGAAAUCCAUCGAACUCGUCCAACACACUCCCAAGCGCGAUAAAGGGCCGCAAGACGCCCCCGCACGCAUUACCCUUGCGCCCCGUCCCCCCGCGCCUCACGGCCUCUACGGAGGAGACAGCGGCUUAAGCGGCUCUAGAGGCAGCAUCUACGACGCGCAAGGCUUUAACCAGAACCCCAACUCCCCUCAAAUCGAAGCAACCUUUGAACGCAUCCAAUUCAAGAACGCCACAGACAAUAAUGAAAAACGGCGCGCAGCACAACAGUACUACCACCUCUUUGUCGAGCUCUUCGCAGACGUGGGACCCCAGCACGCGGACCGUUGGGUGAAAAUCGCAUCACGGAUGUCCGCGCCGAUGGUGGUGCGUGGUCGUUCACCAGGGCAUUACCAAGGCGAACGCCGCGGCUCCAAUACGUCUACAGGACCUGGUGGAUCAGGAGGAGCAGGUGGUGGAUGCGGCGCAUAUACACCUGGCUUAACGCCCAGAACACCGGGCGAUAUCACGAUGUCUGGGACAUCGUCUAUGUUACUUGGUCCUGGAUACAGCGGUGGCUAUGAUGGGCGGGGUCAUUAUUACCGCUCUAACAUCGCACCUUUAGAAAUCCCUGCAGAACCAACUCUCUCCGCUGAAGAAGCGAAAUCCAUCCAGGAAUCACCUGACUAUCUCUUCCACCCUGGAUCGAUUUAUGAGGGGCAUGAAGCGAGAUAUCAGCUGCCAAGUGUGUCUAAAUACACAACGGCGAAAAUCAAGCCCGAGUAUGGCAGUGAGGGGUCUACA